ACACAGCCGAAGACAAGACGCAGAGAUGAGGUGCCAGUGGAGUGCUGCUGCUGUUGGUGUUGCUGUUGUGUGUGCGCUGCUGCUUGCUGUGGGCUGCGCUGAAGCUGCGAAAUGCGGUGAAAAGUGCAUGGAGCGCACAGCACGCAUGGUGGAGCUGCGCAAGGCUUCCGAUAGCGGUGUGAUCACAAUCACGGCAGGGAACUACAAGGACCUGCUGCAAACGCGUCCGCGCCAGUACGAUGUCAUCCUGGUCCUCAACGCGCUCAACCCUGCACGCCAGUGCACACACUGCAAGGCUGCGCAAGCCGAGUUUCAAGUGGCGGCGUCGUCGUUCUACCGCGCGUUCCCGGACAACGACGACCUCUUUUUUGCAUCCGUGGACUUUGAUGGCAACGAGGACGUCUUUCGCAAGCUGAAAUGUCAGUCUGCACCCGUCUUCUUCCACGUUCCGCCAUCAGGCAAACCCGUCCGCCACAACCAGCAAGUGCUUGCUGCAGAGGAUAUGGCCACAUACUUUGCCAGUGUCGUUGGCAAGAAGUUCCCCAUCUACCGUCCGCCGAACUAUGGCGGGAUGAUCAUCAGCGUGCUCAUCCUCGGCAUUGUCGCCGGCAUCCUCUACGCUGCCCGCUCAUAUGUCCUCCUCGUCGUCUCAAACCCAAAGCUCUGGGCUUGGUUCGCCAUCAUGUUUGCCCUGCUGAUGAUGUCUGGCCACAUGUGGCUCCAGAUCCGGGGUGCCCCAUACAUGGUCCCCAACAAGGACGGCACCGCGUCGGUGUUUGCGGGCUCGUCGCAGUACCAGUACGGCGCGGAGAGCCACGCGGUGAUGCUUCUCUACGGCAUUUGCGCUGCGGGCGUCAUCUUCCUCAACGAAACCGCAAUCCCCGCGAAAGAAGGUUCCAAGUUCCGGGUGUACACGGUUGUUGGCUGUGCAAUGGUUUUCCUGAGUUUCAGUUACCUCUACGCGUGCUUCCGCGUCAAGUACCCCGGCUAUCCCUUCCGUCUCCUCUUCUGAACAGCCCAACCCCUCCACCCCAAUGUUGCUGUGGCUGUGACUGUGUGUGUGUGUGUGUGUGUAUGUGUGUGUGUGUGUGUGUGUGUGUGGUGUGUGUGUGUGUGUGUGGUGUGUUGCGCUGCCGGUUUGUGUUUCCAUUUGUUCCGGUGCAAUGGUCGUUUACUGGCAAGAACAGUUGAUGCGAAUGAAUGAACCAACAGCA